CUCCCUCGCCCUUCUUCUUUCUCUUCCCUCCCCGCUUAUAAAUCCCCCUUGCAUCCCAUUCAGCUCACUACCAAUCAAUAGACGACAAAAGAAGCUCAAAUAAGAAACAACAAUCCGCAAAUUAUCCAUGGAGUUCUUCGACGAUCCAUUCUUGACGGCGACGAUCUAUCAACUGAUGGACAUUCCUGAGCAGGAGACGGAGAAGACCCACAACCCACAGACAAGGGCAUACGUCCGAGACCGGAAGGCAAUGGCUGCUACGCCGGCGGAUGUGAAGGAUCUACCAGGUGCGUACGUGUUCGUUAUCGACAUGCCGGGGAUCAAGAACGGGGAUAUCAAAGUGCAGGUGGAAGAGGGGAAUCUGCUCGUUGUGAGCGGUGAGAGGAAGCGAAGAGAGGAGAAGGAGGGGAAGUACUUGAGGAUUGAGCGCCGGAUGGGGAAAUUUAUGAGGAAGUUCCCGUUGCCGGAGAAUGCGAACUUGGAUGCGAUCUCGGCGGUUUGCCAGGAUGGGGUGCUUACGGUGACUGUGGAGAAGACGCCGCCGCCGGAGCCAAAGAAACCUAAGACCAUCGAGGUCAAAGUUGCUUGAGAUUGGGGGAAGGAGAGGUUUGUGCUUGUGGAGUUUAGCUUGUAUUCGAUGAAUGAAGCUGGAAAUUUGGGGUUUACGAACCCAAAA